CCUGAGCGGGGAAAACCAGAAGCUAGAAAGAAGGCAUCCGGGUUGUGCAAAUUUCCGACACGUGAAUAUCCCGCGGCGCUUGCGUCCGGAGCCCGGCCCGGCUGCUGGACGGUCCCCGGCCACGCCCGCCGCCCUUCCCGAGGCCUGGCCCCUUCCCCACCCGACGGAAUCCAGGGGAGGCUGGAAGGUGGGUCCCCGCCCACGCCGCCCUGGGCCCGCCCUGCCUGGCCGCGGCGCUUGACCCCGUCCCGCAGUCCUCGUCGCGACCCGCCUGGGCCGCAGGACGCCGCGCUCGGGGGAGCUGAGCCACCUCUCUGCCAGGCCCGUGCGAGCGGGUGAGCGGGCUCCCCGAGCCCCACUGCCUCGGACGCGUCCCCUCCUCGCCCAGUCCCCGCUAGUGCUAUCGCAGACCUCCUGCCGGGACCCCGGUCCCUUCCCUCCUGGGCGGGCCCAGUAGCGGUGAGGAUCUAGAAAAGUUUUCCUGUCCUGGUCCUGGGCUGCCCCGGAGCCUGGGGUGAUGACCCCCAAACCCGAGGGCGCUCGGACUCCUGGCCCGAAAUUCCAAGGCGGACACAGCCCGGGAUCCCAGCAGCCCCACUCAGAGGAGCUCUGCCCCGGGGAGGGAGGGACAGCGGAAUGGAAACCAGCUUCCGGGGCAGGACUGCGGGGAUGGGCAGGGCGAGGGUACGGCCUGAGGUCCCAGUUGCCUGUCCCAAACCCGUGCUGGUCUGCAGGGAAUGUGGGGGAACAAGGGAAAGGGAGAGAGUGACUUGCCCCAGCCACCCUACCUCUGGGGCUGCCUCCCUCCUCCUUGGGCCAGCCACAGGGUUGAGAGUUCCUCAGCCCCAAGCUCAAGCCUGCCCUUGCUGCUCUGUGCUGGGCAGCAGCCCUUCUGCUGCUCGCCUGGGUCCUAAGGGAGGGGUCCCCAGGGCCUGCCUCAUUUCCAGCCCGGGACUCUCCCAGCGGGAAGAGGAAGAGGAAGCGCCCUGGACUCUGGACACCAGGCCCCUAACCCGAGACUCCCGGAUGAGAGCAUCCGCUCUCCCCUGGGACCAGGCCUUCGAGGUCCAGGGGCAGAGAAGGGAUUCCCAGGGCCUAGUGAGGCCCCUGUUAUCAGAUGAGGCACCCUGAAAACAUAGGCUGGUCUUGUGUGAGGUGGGAGAAAGACCAGAAAUAUCAUCUAAACUUCUCUCUGCCCACACAUCCAACUUCAUGGCACUGGGCUAUGAGGCUGGUCUCUUUGGGCCUAGGGGUCCUUGAGGCAGCCCCUGGGGCCCAACCUCACCCCUAGUCCCAGCAAGUGAGAGCGAAACAACUUGCCCUGUCUACCUCAUUGCGCAAAGCACACACCAGGCAGUGACCAUGACUCAUGGUUCCCAGUACAAAGAAAAGACCACUUCCCUGCUGGGGCAGAGGCCAAGCCAGAGCCCUCGCCCCAUCACCUCUCUGCCCUGCUUGAGUCUGGAAUGGACCUCCCUGCCUGGAAGCUGCAUUGCCCUUGGUCCUGGGCCUGCCUGCCCCCUGGGGAACACAGGCAGCAGCCACAGUGGCAGUGAGGCCGUGGCAGCGUCGGCAGCAGAGGAUGCCCCAGGCCCUGGAGCAUGCAGAUGGCAGCUGGGCCUGGGUGGUGCUGCUGGCCACUAUGGUGACCCAGGGCCUCACCCUGGGCUUCCCCACGUGUAUCGGCAUCUUCUUCACUGAACUGCAAUGGGAGUUCCAGGCCAGCAACAGCGAGACCUCUUGGAUCCCCUCCAUCCUUAUGGCUGUGCUCCACAUGGCAGGGCCCCUGUGCAGCAUCCUGGUGGGACGCUUUGGCUGCCGAGUGACCACGAUGCUGGGAGGUGUGUUGGCCAGCCUGGGCAUGGUGGCCAGCUCCUUCUCUCGCAACCUCAGCCAGCUCUACUUCACAGCAGGAUUCAUCACAGGCCUGGGCAUGUGCUUCAGCUUCCAGUCAAGUGUCACGGUGCUGGGCUUCUAUUUUGUCCGCCGGCGGGUGCUGGCCAACGCGCUGGCCUCCAUGGGCGUCUCCCUGGGCAUCACGCUCUGGCCACUGCUCUCCCGCUACCUCCUGGAGGACCUGGGCUGGAGGGGUACCUUCCUUGUCUUCGGCGGGGUCUUUCUCCACUGCUGCAUCUGCGGGGCCAUCAUGAGGCCUGUGGCCACCAGUGUGGCCCCUGAGACCAAAGAAUGUCCCCCACCACCUCCCGAGACACCUGCACUUGGCUGCGUGGCCGCAUGUGGCCGGACCAUCCAGCGCCACCUGGCCUUCGACAUCCUGCGGCACAACACAGGCUACUGCGUGUACGUACUGGGUGUGAUGUGGUCCCUCCUGGGCUUCCCACUGCCACAAGUCUUCCUGGUGCCAUACGCCAUGUGGCACAGGGUGGACGAGCAGCAGGCAGCCCUCCUCAUCUCCAUCAUUGGCUUCAGCAACAUCUUCCUGAGGCCCCUAGCCGGACUGAUGGCAGGACGGCCAGCUUUUGCUAGCCACCGCAAGUACCUGUUCAGCCUGGCAUUCCUGCUCAAUGGGCUCACUAACCUGGUGUGUGCGGCAUCAGGCGACUUCUGGGUGCUCGUGGGCUACUGCCUGGUGUACAGCGUGUCCAUGAGCGGCAUCGGCGCCCUCAUCUUCCAGGUUCUCAUGGACAUCGUCCCUAUGGAUCAGUUCCCCAGAGCCCUGGGACUCUUCACUGUCCUGGAUGGCUUUGCUUUCCUCAUCUCCCCACCACUGGCCGGGUUGCUCCUGGACGCCACCAACAACUUCAGCUAUGUUUUCUUCAUGUCCAGCUUCUUCCUUAUCUCAGCUGCCCUCUUCAUGGGUGGCAGCUUCUAUGCCCUGCAGAAGAAGGAGCAGGGCAAGCAGGCUGUCGUGGCAGAUGCCUUCGAGCAGGAUAUUUUCUUGGAAGCCAAAGACGGUCCUGGGAAGCAGCAGUCCCCUGUGAUCAUGUAUGUAACCAGCGUCUAAGACCCAGGGGUCACCUGUGUGACCAGUGUCUGAGUCCUGGGGUCACUGAGUGAACACCGUCUCAGCCCAACCCAGGAGGGGGACCUUCAGCUCCUUCACCAGGGGCUUGCGUGAAGAGCAGCCCAGGAAGCCCGGGCUGUCCAGGCUCUGCAAGCUGGGACUCUGCCAGGAACUGGGACCUUGGAGGAUGGCCUCUGAAGAUGCCCUGAAAAACUGUUUUUUUUUUUUUGAGGCGGAGUUUUGCUCUUGUUGCCCAGGCUGGAGUGCAGUGGCACCAUCUCGGCUUACCGCAACCUCUGCCUCCCAAGUUCAAGCGAUUCUCCUGCCUCAGCCCCCCAAGUAGCUGGGAUUACAGGCACCCACCACCACUCCCAACUAAUUUUGUCUUUUAGUAGAGACGGGAUUUCUUCAUGUUGGUCAGGCUGGUCUCGAACUCCCGACCUCAGGUGAUCUGCCCACCUUGGCCUCCCAAAGUGCUGGGAUUACAGGCGUUAGCCACUGCGCCUGGCCAGAGGAACCCUCUUCUAACAACUAGCAGAAUCCAGGAGCGGGCCCUCCCAACUUUUUUCCUUGGGCACCAGGGUACUCGGGGCUCAGGAAGCCAGGUCUGAACCCUGCUCAGGUUUGUCCCGGCCGGCUCAGCGCAGCUGGCUGUGUGUUGCUGCUCCUACAGCUGAACGCACUGGACCUUCUCAUACAGCCUGGAUACCUCCAUCAUUUCUUUAUCUUUUUCUGGCCUCCAGACAGUUCUGAAGAGCUCACCUUCCUCCAGGUUCCUCCUGCCCUGUUCUUCCCAAGUGACCCAGCCCUCACCUGUAGGGCAGCCAAGGCUGGUGGUGCAGCUGCCCCCACGAAGGUCACUGGACCUCACACCGAUGGUGAGAGGCAGUGCAGAGGUCCAGACUGAGGAGCUGGCUGGCUGGAUAGAGACAGAUUAAAGGUUGAGUGGCACGCCCAUCCUGGCGCCUGCGUGGAGAACAGGAGGGGGGCCCCUGGCUUGGAUCCUAAAGUCUGAGGGCCCCCUUGCAGUCUCAGCAGGACCCAUUCUAUCUAGGGGCUUCCUCCUUCCUUUCCCCACCCUGUCUCCUUGCAGGGAGGAUUAGUGCUGGCUGGGGGAAGCCAGACGUUUGACUGACUGACAGGAAGGCUUGCCAGGCAGCCCGAAGACUGCUAUGAAAAUGGGGCUGCUUUUGCAAGAGAAGUUCUUUUACUCCCCAUUCCUGUCCUCUGGAGGCCCCUUCUCCCUGCCGUGUUAGAGGUGUCAACCCUGGGGUAAGUGGCUGGCUGGACUCAGCCCUGCUGCCUGUACACCUAUGCCUGUGACCUGGAGGUCUGAGCUCCCCACACACACAUUUUACUGGUGCCUUUCACUGAAGUCACCACCCAGGGACUGGCUGUCAUCAGCCCGUUCUUGUCCCAGCAGGGUACCGAGGGAAUGAGAAAACAGAAUGUGUUUGAAUUAUACACAAAUAUGUUCCCUGCAGCAGGUCAUAAACUCUGUGAACUAAUGAAGCUGAAAAACAGGGCUGGAGUACGUUUGCCCUCACCCUUUCCUCCCAGCUCAGCAAGGGGUGCUCAGGUUCAGGAUGUUGUUUGUUGAUUCAGGCCCAACCAGGCUCUGGCAAGAAAACCUUAUCAGGAGAUUUUAUUUUCAUGAACGGGUGCCAGUCUUCCCGCCUGCCAUGUCCAGCUGGCGUCAAUAAGCAUUUUUGGGGAUGUCCUGCCUCCUCCAGGACCGGCCAUGAGUGCCUCUUAUGGCCAAAGGCAGUACUGCAGGCCAAGCAAAGGGCUCUGGGCUGGAAUAGCCCUACCGGAGUGCCUUGGACUCCGCCACUAUCAGCCAUGUGACUUUGGGCAAAUUGUUGACCACCUCUGAGCCUUGAAAAAGUAGCAGGUUACUUUGUUAGAGCGAAAUAAUAAAAUUUAAUUUUAAAAAAGAAGAUGUAGGAGGUUUGUCUGGAUGAGCUAGUCUCUUCCAGUUGAAAAGUCUGACUCGGUGAGCGUCCGGAAGACCCCACUGCCUUCUGGCUCCCCACCCAGUCUUACACUUGGCAGCCAUCAAUAGCACGUGCUCUGAAGGGAGAGUGCUUGCAUGGACUUUGCCAAAUCCUGUCUCCUCCAUCUCAGUUGAAUGGAAAAGGAGGGAGGUGGGGCUGGUAGAUAGGUGCUUUUGGUGCUAGUAUCCACCAGGUUUUGUGUGCAUCCCGUAAUGAGCCCACUUCCUGAAAACAUUUAAAGAAAACAGAUAUCAGCUGGAGAUGGUAGUGCGCACAUGUAAUCCCAGCUACUCGGGAGGUUGAGGUGGGAGGAUUACUUGAACCUGGGAGUUUGAGGCCAGCCUGGGCAACACAGCAAGACCCUGUCUCUUU